UUAAUAUUUUUUGAAGAAUUUUUUGAAGAAUUUUUUUUUUUUUUUUUUUGCUUAUAAAAAGAAAAUAAUCUAUAUUCCAAUAAACCAUUGAUUGAUUAUACCAAUAUACCAUAUACCAAUAUACUAUUGAUUGCUUAUACCAAUAUACCAAUAAACCAUUGAUUGAUUAUACCAAUAUACCAUAUACCAAAAUACCAUUGAUUGGUUAUAUCAAUAUACCAAUAAACCAUUGAUUGAUUAUACCAAUAUACCAAUAUUCCAUAUACCAAUAUACCAUUGAUUGAUUAUACUUAUAUACCAAUACACUAAUAUACCAUUGAGUGAUUGAUACAUACAUAUUGAUUUUGAUUUUUCAUUGAGAGAUCAUUGAGUGAUUGAUACAUACCAUUGAUUUUGAUGCAUACAUAAAUUAAUUUGAGGUGAUACUUUUAAAAACAACAAACGAGGACAAUUAACUACUAUUCAUUGUUGUUUAAUUUUAUCCAAAAGUUGUUUGGUUCUUCCAAAUAGGGCCGCCAAGAGCUUUCAUUAAGACGCCCGAAGCAUUGCAGCAAUUAGGCGUCCCUAUAAGCAUGUAUGUUUUUAAUUUAAAAGCAUGUACAGUUGUACAAGUCAAUGAAUUUUUUUAUUUUUAUUUCUAAUGUUGUUAAAUAACAUCCCUAUUUUAGAGAACCGCAUUUGGAUUCACAAGACUUAUGCAGCACAUACACUGGUUAGGAAUAAUAAAUAGAUUCUAUGAAACUAAUAUUGAAGACACUAUUUUCUUGCUUUUUUACUAGCUAAAUUCAAAUUAGAAUGUAUAUAGAUUGGAAAAUAGUCUACAGGCUUUUUGUGAAUAUUUGGUUGAGAAAGCCUAACGUAUAUCUUACAUACCUUUACUAUAUAUAUUUGACAUGCUACAUUGCUCUAUGAAAAGAUUGUGGUGAUACCUGUCAGCCGUAUCUUCUUUCGACCAGAAGAAUAAGAAUCUUAUAGAAACAGUUUUUACCGUCUUAAUUUUAAUGGUAAAUGAUAAGCAAUUUUAUAUUGCAGUAUAAGUCGCUGUUUGAAUCAGGUUUGUGAGCGAAAUUUGUAAUGUACUAACUUAUGUGGAGACUUUGAUUGUGCAUAGUGUUUCAUAAUCAAAUCUAUGAUUACUCUCUUGGUCACCUUGCACGAUAUAGGUGAGAGACAUCAGGUUGUUGAUAAUGUUUUUUACUUUUUAAGAGUAGGUGUGACAUUUGAUUUGCGUUGAGGUUUUAACAAUCCGUAGGGAGUUGUUAAACCUUAGCAAUUAGAGUUAAUUAAUUUUUUUUUUAUUUUCAAAAUCUUUAAAUAGUUAUUUUUCAGAAUAAUCAUAAAAGCAUUUAUAAGAUUUAUGGAUAAAAUGAAUUUUUUGGUUAAGUCGUAGUAUUUUCUUCAAUAUCGUUAGACAAGUUUAAUAUUUUUUUUUUUUAGUUUUUUCUCCUUUUUUUUGUUUUUUUCACCUAUGUUAAAAAGAUAAAUUAUUUAAACUAUAAUUUUUUAGAAAUGCAAAUAAAAGUGUCAUGCAGAUCACCAAACAAAUUUAUUUUAUAUCUCAUAAAACAAUUUUUUUACUUUUUUGUAAAUAAAAUCUCAUUAUCGUUUUUUCUGUCUUUCGUAUUUUGGCUGCCCUAUUAUCUUUGCACCCGGGGCACGUAUGGCUCUUUUGCUUCUCCCUCUCAGCGGCACUGCUUUCAAAUAUUAAGUUCUAAUAAUAGUAAAAGGGUUUUUAUAGAAAAGCAAAGGGUUGACAAAUUAGGAAACUGUAAGUCAACUUCUGAUAGUUGAAAAAUUUCUAAAAGCGCUUUCAUAAAAUUUGCAAACAUAGGGAACGUUUAUUAAACAAACAUUGAUAUAAAUAAUCUGCUUGCUAACUUAAUUAGAUUAACGUUUUUUAAAAACUCUUAAAAUCUAAUGCCUGACAGUUGUUGAGCUGUAGGGUGUAUGAAUAAUAGAAUAAAAGGCGAUAAAAACUUGAGUUUUUACCGCAUUCCUUUUGGAAAUACAGAAACAUCAAAAAACAGAAGAGUUUUAUGGUUGCAAGCCUUAAAACGUGAAAACUGGCCAAUAAAUAUGAUUGACAACGCCAGAUUAUGUAGUAAACAUUUUAUUUCAGGCAAAAAAUCAGACAAUCCUAAUACUCCUGACUAUGUUCUAUUUAUUUUUUUAUACAGACAGCAAUCUUUUUCAAAAAAACAUCAAAGUAUUGAAGGAUUUGAAAGAAGUUGUAAAAGAACAAAAAAAAAUACUGAAGAUAAUUUAUCUCAAACAAGAGCUGAAAAUGAACAGAUGUCAGUCAUGGAUGCAGUAACAUCAGUCGACCCUUUCAAAUUAAAUCAAGAAUCUCAGACUGGUGAUAUUAAUUUUGCUGCUGAGCUACAUUCUAAAGUCAAAGCUUUGAGUAAAAAUAAUGUUGAAUUAAAGAUUACGAUAUUCAAAGCUAUAACAUCAUCUGUUUCUCAUUAUAUUUGGUUUGAAAAACUAAAAGAUGAUAAUUCACUUUUACCUUUUUGUACUGGUUUGCUAAAUGCAAAUUUAUUUUUGCGGCAUUUAUCAUUGUUUAAUGAUUGUGUAAAACCAAUGAAAAAUAUACCAAUGGAAAUAAAUAUAUUGUAUAAUAAUAAUUAUUAAUAUUUGUAAUUAAUAAAUAUAAUUAUCUAUUAUCCUAUAUAUGUAUAAAUAUUUAUAUCCUUUAUUUGUUUAUUUAUAUGCAUUCCUUGCAGAACCAUUUACCUUUAGGGACAUUUUUUAUUUCAAUACAACUGUAAUGAAACCAUCCUAUUUUGCAGCUUU